CUUAGACAGCUUAGUAGAUAGGUAUUCUCACAAGGAUGAAUUUUGUUUUGAUAAUCUUUCUUAUAGUUUGGUUAACGGCUAUAACAAUAGCGCAAUACCGACCCUAUCCAGGAUACCAAUAUCAAAAUGGUUAUGGCACUGGCACGAAUAUUUUACAUGGGAGACCACAGAAUGUUGAUCAACAGUCUACGGUGCAAUAUGGACCGAAUGGUGAAAAAAUAACCACUCAUAUCGAAACUUAUAGCACCUAUUGAAUGCUUUAUUGAGUUUAGGAAUUGUUGUCUCCAUCGAAACCAGCUUCUUAACUUUUGGGCAACCAAAAAAAAAUACGCCUGGGUCCUACUUC